AAGAAAUAGUAGUGAGAGGGCGCUUUUCGUGUAAAGCAGAAGUUUAGAAAAUUCUAGAUCUUUUGUUCGAUCGCUGUACGAGCCGUUAAUGGAGACCGAAAGCGAAACGCCAGUUCAAGUAGAGAUGAAAGAAGACGAAGGAAUUGAUAUAACUCCUUCGCAAGAUGGUGGAGUUCUUAAAAAAAUAAUUCGUGAAGGUACAGGAGAAGAAAGUCCGUCUACUGGAGAGAAGGUAUUCGCCCAUUAUGUAGGGAAACUAUUAGAUGGAACUGUCUUCGACAGUAGCAAAGAAAGAGGACUUUUCGAAUUUACUUUGGGAAAAGGAUCUGUAAUUAAAGCAUGGGAUAUAGGAAUAGCAACUAUGAAAAAGGGAGAAAUUGCACUCUUAACUUGUAAACCAGAAUAUGCAUAUGGAAAAGCAGGAAGUCCCCCUAAAAUUCCACCUGAUGCAACAUUAAUAUUUGAAAUUGAGCUACAUGAUUGGAAUUGGGAAGAUCUAUCUUCCAGUCAAGAUGGAGGUAUACAGAGAAAAAUAAUUGAAAAAGGAGAAGGAUAUGCAACACCAAAUGAUGGAGCAUCUGUAGAAGUUCAUUUGAUUGGUAAAUGCAAUGAUAAGGUAUUUGAAGAUAGAGAAGUUAACUUUAUUAUUGGUGAAGGAUCUGAAAGUAAUAUAUUAGAAAGUAUUGAGCAUGCACUUCAGAAAUUCAAAAAAGGAGAGAAAUCACUUAUUAAAUUGAAACCAAAAUAUGCAUAUGGAGAUGAAGGCCGACCUGACUUAAAUAUUCCAUCAAAUUCUGAUGUUCAAUAUGAAAUCCAUUUAAAAAGUUUUGAAAAGACUAAGGGUUCAUGGGAAAUGGAUAGUGAUGAAAAAUUGGAGCAGUCAGAAAUAUCAAAAAAUAAAGGAACGAAUUAUUUUAAGGCAGGGAAAUAUAAUCUAGCUGUUAAACAAUAUAAGAAGAUAAUUGAUUUUCUUGAAUAUGAAACAUCAUUAUCAGAUGAUGAUACGAAGAAAAGAAAUAUUCUUAUGUUAGCUGGAUAUCUCAAUUUAGCAAUGUGCAAUUUAAAAUUGAAUAAUUACUUAGAAGCAAUCAAAUAUUGUGACAAAGCUAUCGAACUAGACUCGGAGAAUGAAAAAGGAUACUUUCGGAGGGGAAUGGCAUAUUUUAGUCAGAAUGAAUUUGAGUUGGCGAAAAAAGACUUUCAGAAAGUGUUAAGCAUAGAUCCAAAAAAUAAAGCAGCUCAUAAUCAAAUUCUUAAUUGCAAUAAUAAGAUUAAAGCACAACUCGAUAAGGAACGUAAAACAUAUCGAAAUAUGUUUGAAAAGUUUGCAAAACAAGAUUUAGAAGAGAUGAAGAAAAAUCAAGAUGGAUCUCUAAAGACUGGAGUUUGGAUGGGAGCAGAAAAUGAAAAAAAUGAUGUAACUAUGGUAGGAGAUUCUUUAGAAGCGGGUCCUGUUCCAGGUGAAGAAGGUUCCAUGAACACAGAGAUCGAUAGGGCACCUGCAUAAAUACAAAACUGUAAAAUUAUUUACUAUUAUAGCACACCACUUAUAAAUGUAUGUGUGUUAAGAGCUAUAGAACAUGUGCUGUAUUUUAUUUUCAUUUCUUAAAUACUUUUUUAAUUUUCAUUCAAUUUUUUAUUAUUAUUAUUUUAUUAAAAACCAUUUUGUGCAUUGUUUUCCAUUAAUAUAUAUAAAAAAAAUUUUCAGACAAUGAAAUACAAAUAAAAUGUUCUCCUCUCUAUAGUCAUUUAAACAUAUUACAUAUAUUAUCUAACUUAAUAUAGAGAUAUGUAAAAAAAAAAAAAUAGGAUGAAUAAUUUCUUAGGCAUACAGUUCAUUAUUAAAAAAGUAGGCACUCUUAAGGAAUGACGAUACUUGAAA